AUGGACUAUACAAUUGUGGAUUUUUAUGGGCCACAAAAAUCACGAUGUGGUUAUUGUAAGGGCACCCAAUGUUCGGUGGGAGAUGGCAUGCACGCUUACGUUAUGGCACCUCGGGAUUAUCAGGAUUUAAUAGAUCGAGGAUGGCGUCGCAGUGGCCAUUAUUGCUAUAAACAAGAUAAUACAAAGACCUGUUGUCCCCAUUACACCAUUAAAUGCGAUGUAUCGGAAUUUAAAUUAUCCAAAUCGCACAAGAAAAUCAUAAAACGUAUGAAUCGUUUUUUGCGUGAUGGUAAAAGGGAUAAAAAUGAAGAGGGACAAUCAACGCCGCAGACAACAAAUGGCACGGAGAAUGGUGACCGAGAUGAGGAUAGUAAUGCAGCUAUGGGUUGUGGUAUACGUGAAGAGGUGCAGGCCCCAAAUGUCCCCAUAAAAGAUAUUAAUUUGGAACAAUUUGCCAAGGCCAAUGGGGAAAAGGAUAGUGAAGAGAAAUCGGGGAAGGAAAAAACACCCAGUGUUGAUGUACAAAAACCGAUUAAGAAAUCGGCAGAGGAUGAUGAUACACCCAAUAAUAGUAGGAAAUCAGACAGUGACAUUACCAAACCCCCCUGCAAGAAGGCCAAACAAAUGCGUUUGGAGAGAAAAUUGGCAAAACAGGCCGCCAAAGGCUUGCCUGCCGUGAUUGAAAAGAAACCUCCCAGGAAUCAAGAGAAAACCUUAAAGGAAUUUCUCAAUGAAGCCAAACCGGAUGAUAAACACAAGUUAAAGUUCGAAAUGAUCCAUGUGAGAAGUGAAGAGUUUGAAAAAACCCUACCACAAACAUAUGCACUAUAUGCCAAAUAUCAAACACACAUACACAAUGAUCCACCGAAUGCUGUACAAGAAUAUUUGGAUUUUUUACAACGGUCACCGUUGAAGCUUUCUAAGCCCUCGGAUGGACCACCGUUGGGUUAUGGAUCGUUCCAUCAACAAUACUAUUUGGAUGAGAAACUUAUUGCGGUGGCCGUCAUUGAUAUCUUGCCAUAUUGUGUUAGUUCGGUGUAUUUCUUUUAUGAUCCCGAUUAUAAUUUCCUCUCCUUGGGUACUUAUAGUUCUUUAAGAGAAAUUGAAUUGGUACAAGAACUUUCAAAAACUGUUCCUGAUCUUAAGUAUUAUUAUAUGGGUUUCUAUAUACAUUCCUGCCAAAAAAUGCGUUACAAAGGUAAAUUAUCUGGCUCCUAUUUAUUAUGCCCGGAGGCAUAUACCUGGCACCCAUUGUCAGAUGAGAUCCGUUUAAAACUUGAUACCAAUAAAUAUCAACGUUUCAACGAUGAUCCAUCUGCCCGCGAUCCAAAUGAAUUUAAAGAAAGUGAUAUGGAUUUAGUAAGACUGCUAAUAGAUGAAAGUACUUAUGUCAAAUAUCGUCAAUAUAAACAGAAAUCAAAUAGCUUAUUGGAUGCCAUAAGGAACAGAAUAUUUAAGGCAGCUAGUGCCACAGAUAAAGCAGCAAUUUUAAAAUACGGUCAACUGGUUGGCAAACCAUUGGCUCAUCGUAUGCUCUAUGUAAAAAUGUAAAAAAAAAACAACCAA